AUGGCAGGGCCGGUGCAGCUGGCGCCCGGCUCGCUGGCGCUGGUGCUGAGCCCGCGGGAGGCCGGGCAGGCGGCGGGGGAGCCCGGCGGCCGUGCGCUCUUCCGCGCCUUCCGCCGCGCCAACGCGCGCUGCUUCUGGAACGCACGGCUGGCGCGCGCCGCCUCGCGGCUGGCCUUUCUGGGCUGGCUGCGGCGCGGGGUGCUGCUGGUGCGCGCGCCCCAGCCCUGCGUGCAGGUGCUGCGGGAUGCGUGGCGUCGCCGAGCCCUGAGGCCGCCCCGAGGUUUCCGCAUCACCGCGGUGGGUGAUGUCUUCCCAGUGCAAAUGAGUCUCAUAGCCCAGCGUCGGUUUGUGCCCUUGGCUGAAGUUCUCUGCUGUGUUAUAGCCGAUAUGAACGCAGGUCAGGUGGCCGUGACACAGGAGGCUCUCUUGGAGCACUUGAUGAAACAUUAUCCAGGUAUUGCUGUUCCCUCCCCAGACAUUCUCUACAGCACACUGGGGACUCUAAUUCAACAGAGGAAGAUUUACCACACUGGAGAAGGCUACUUCAUAGUCACCCCAAGCACGUACUUCAUCACAAAUACGCCCAUGCAAGGAAAUAAGAGAGCCCUCCUGUCAGAUGAAGGGUGCUCAGGGUCCACAUCCGGGACCUAUCUGGUAAGCGUGGAUUGCUAUGCAGAGCCUACCCAGGAGAACGAGGCUGUUUCCCACUGCCCAUCAUGCCAGUGUUACCCUGAUACAAGCAAGCAUGGCUCUAAGGACCUAAUGACUACUGCAGAAGUCUCUAGAAAAAGACAGAACGGUCUUGAGGAGCCCACAGUCUUGACUAAGAAUCAGGUAGUUUCCGCAUCUGAAGGCACCCACAUCUGUGUGAGCCCCAAACCAUCAUCGUACACCAAGGACAAAGGCAAAAGAUUUGGUUUUGGUUUCUUGUGGCGCAGCUUAUCUAGAAAAGAGAAGCCCAAGGCGGGGUAUCACAGUUUCUCUGCACAGUUCCCACCCGAAGAGUGGCCUGUCCGAGACAAGGACAGCUCCAACAACAUUCCCCGAGACGUGGAACAUGCAAUAAUCAAAAGGAUUAACCCUGUACUGACUGUUGACAACUUAACCAGGCACACCGCCCUAAUGCAAAAAUAUGAAGAACAGAAAAAAUAUAACAGCCAGGGCACGUCAACGGAUGUACUGCCAAGCAGGCCUAAGUAUUCCUCGAAAGAGGCAACCCGGAGAAGGCAGGGCCAGGCAGCCAAGCCCCACAAGCGGAGCUGUUCUCAUAAGGGUAGACAGAAAGCAUGGAGCCGGACACGUGAGCUUGAGCCUGGAAGCCCUGAACAGGAAAAGGAAAAGAACCCCAAGGUCCCUGCAGCCCAGCCUGCUGCGGGCACAAAGAGCCCCGGUGAACGAGUUCGUCACUUGCAUGGUAGGAAUCCAGCUGUGCUAGGUUCCCACUUGAUUUAUAAAAAGCAGAUCAACAAUCCGUUUCAGGGCAUGCAUCUCCGAGGGCACCCCGCAUCCAAGGGGUACAUCGUUCAGAAGACCCACAAACCUAGUUGCAUCGGGCCAGAGGAAAAGCCUUUCUGGAGGGCAGGCUUUUCCGGUCCUUCCAGAGUCUUUGAUGGUGAAGCCCAACCUCCAUGUCUGGAACAUUGCCGUGAUAAACUGGAAGCAGAAACCACGCAUGUGGCGAAGGCUCCUAUCCAUCCAGUCAGCGACGAUUUCAGAGGUGGCCCAGGAAAUUAUCCUCCACAUAGAGUUUUGCCAAGCCACUCUCGGUGCUGUUCCUUCAGGGAAAGUACGCUGCGAGCUGCUGUGUAUCACGAGGAAAACAAGGUCCUCCCUGAAGUCGUGAGGAAAAGUUGGUCUGACUGUGACAUGUUCUUAGGGACCAAGGAAAAGCAGGUCCUGCCUGCACAACGUAGCUCUUUAGACCCAGACUCCUCUGUGUAUGCAGAGGAUAAGACAGUGGAUAAGACAGUACACCAGUUCCAAAACCUCGGCCUCUUAGAUUGCCCGGUUGGUGCAAACUGUUUGAGGACUCAUGAAAGACAAGAUGGCGACUCAGAAAAACUAAGUAGGAAGGCGUUUCAAAUCCCAGAGGCGGAGAUUGUGAAUAUGGAAGACGAGGGGCUUUCUGACAGUGAGCAGGACGAGGUGGCCUUGACAAGUGACCCCGGGGCUGGGGAUGAUGGGGGCUGCAGUUCUCUGUGUUUAGAGGAUGAUGACUUCUCUGAGACAGAUGAUUUCUGUCACACACUGCCUGGAUACACCCAGUACUCCUUUGCCGCUGGAGACGCGUGGAAUCAUUUGGGAAGACCAACCAUGACUGGAAGAUCUCUGACUGACUGUAAUAGCAAAACCCAUAGGCUUGAGCCCCUAGGGAUUGAAAGGAAUCACUGGUACAAGGCCACAGGGUUGUUUUCAAAUGCCAGGGAAAGCCCAAACCCUGAUCUCGCUGACAACCCUGGCCUAGAUUCAGAGAUUCCUCCGGGUUUCAACUACGAAGGAGAGCCCGUUGUUGCCCAUGUCCAGACCCCAGCAGCUGCUGGCCAAAGUUUACUUGAGCGUUCUAUUGUAAGGGAAGCCAGUCUCCCGGUUGAGAUCCUGCAAGAUUCUCCUGGUGAUAGGGGAAAGAAUCCAGCUGUCUGGAGACAGAGCCUUCCAAGUCAGGACAUGAAAGAGCAUUUCACAGACAGGUUACAACCUGUCAAGAUCUCACACGUGCCAGCGUUGGCUCAGGAACCACAACGAGAACACACGCACCUGGAAGGCACGGAGAAUUACAGCAUGGCGAGAGACAGUGGGAUUGAUUCCCCCAGGACGCAGAGCCUGGUGUCUACUAAUUCAGCCAUGUUGGAUGGAUUUAAAAGACAGAAUUUUCUUCAGACUGGGGAAAGCGUUCAGAAGAGCCAAAAACUUGCAUCGAAUUCCUUGUUGCGACUAACCCCAGCUAUAAAUGUCUAACGUAAAACGUUUUGAGAUGUGGUUUUAUUUUACACUGUAGUUCAGGCUGGCCUGGAGCUCCACAGCAAUCCCCUGUUUCUGGUAUGCUAGGAUUAUAGACAUAAGCCACCGUGUCAGGAUUAAAAUUUUAACUGAUUCCUAAAACUUGGAUAUGUGAGAGUCCUUGGAAGCCAUGCGUAUAUGCUGUUAUUAACCUCACCAUAUUGUAUUCUAAUUACUCCUUCCCCUUUUUACCAUUUUAAAAGCAAGUCCUAGUGCCUUUUACUAGAAACUUAGUUUCCAAUACAAAACAUGAGGGCU